GAUCUGCCGAGAGAUCGAGAUUCUCCGCGACGUGGACCAUCCGAACGUGGUGAAAUGCCAUGACAUGUUUGAUCACAACGGCGAAAUACAAGUUUUGCUGGAGUUCAUGGACCGUGGAUCCCUGGAGGGUCAGCAAAUCUACCACGAGCCUUCUUUGGCGGAUCUGGCCCGCCAGAUUCUCAGCGGUCUCAACUACCUCCACCGCCGACACAUCGUACACCGGGACAUCAAGCCCUCCAAUCUCCUAAUCAAUACCAGGAAUAAGGUCAAGAUCGCGGACUUCGGGGUUGGUAGGAUUCUUUCGCAAACAAUGGACAAUUGCAAUUCAUCGGUGGGGACAAUAGCGUACAUGAGCCCUGAGAGAAUCAACACGGAUUUGAACCACGGGCAGUAUGAUGGAUACGCUGGAGAUAUAUGGAGCUUGGGAGUGAGCAUAUUGGAGUUCUACUUGGGAAGAUUCCCGUUUGCAGUGGGUCGGCAGGGGGAUUGGGCAAGCCUCAUGUGUGCCAUAUGUCUGUCUCAGCCUCCGGAGGCACCCGGCUCGGCCUCCGCUGAGUUUAGAAAUUUCAUCUCCUGUUGCUUACAGAGGGAACCGGCCAAAAGGUGGACGGCAACACAAUUGUUACAGCAUCCUUUCAUUGUGAGGGGACAGCUGACCCAGAAUCAGGUCACGCAAAAUCUUCAUCAAUUACUACCUCCUCCUCGCCCUCUCCAUUCUUAGUUGCUUUUUCUUUUGAAAAAAUUUCUGUAAUUCUUGCUGAUAUAAUUGGCUGGAUUUUUUUUUUUUGGUUUAAGGGAGAAUCAGGGUUAUGCAUCUGUUUUCCUUUCAAGAGCUGUUAUGUUUCAAUCAACCCACCUCUAUUCUCCUUUCAUUUGACAAUGAUAAAUCUUUACAUUAUUAGCAAUGAAAAAGAAAAAAAAGAAAAAAAGAAUUGGCUGUCAUGGGUGCUGUGCUCUGAGAAAUUGGAAACCGGCAAAUUAACCCUUUUGGUUAAAAUUUCGAGUCACAAGAAGUCUGUAUUCUAGAUUUUUGUCGUGAUUAUAAUAAGAAUGUAUUGAUAUUCCUUUCUGUCUAUUAUAGUUCGAAUUAUCUGGAUACUAAAGGAGCAAAUUAUAG